AUGAUCAAGGAAGGAGAAAUGCUUCUGGAACCGAUGGAAGUAGGAAAAUUCCUCUUCGAAAUGAACCUGGACCAGUUUACGGAACUGAAGAGAGCAGGACAGUACCGUUACAAACUGACGUACAAAAAACCACAAGACACAGAAAAAAUUCUGAACUCGGCGAAGAUUCUGAAGGAAUACAACUACAGGGCGUUCAUCCCGAAAAUGCUGACGGAAACAACUGGAGUCAUUAACCAAAUCCCAACCUCUCUCACCGAGCGGGAAAUCUACGAAAAAAUCAUCAGCACCAAAAAAGUGAUUCGAGUCGAAAGGAUCAAAAGGAAAAAAGACGACCAACUGGUAAACACGCGAUCAGUGAAAAUCACCGUGGAGGGAUCGGAGCUGCCAAGAGUGGUGCAUCUCUAUGGAGUUCCCGUCAAACCAGAGAUCUACAUCUAUCCGGUCAGGAUCUGCAACAAAUGCUGGAGAAUCGGACACAAGGCAGCAGCGUGCAAAGGAAAACAGACCUGCAAAAGAUGCGGAAAAGUGAUCAACGAGGAACACACAGGAUGCAACGACAACACACCAGCUAAAUGCAAAAACUGCGGCAAAAAUCACCUACCAACUGACAUUCAAUGCCCAGAACGACAACGACGAGAGCACAUCAACGUAGCGAUGACGGUCAACAAAAUGACGUACGCCGAAGCCGAGGAAAUGUACCCGAAAACACAAAACCGGUUUGCAGUUUUGGAGUCUAUCGACGAAUUCCCUGGCCUGGAACGUCCAAAUAGACAGGUAACUGGAUUCCGACAGGUAGAGAGGCCAAGCAAAAGGAUCGACUACAGCAAAAUCAUCGAAAAGCUUUCGAAGCCAGCAAAAAAACCAGCGAUAGUCAAAAACACUUUCCCUCAGGUAGAGCAAAUACCUGAGCAAAAAGUACAAUCAACGAAAUUAAAAACCCACUAG